GCAGCGCUCCUCCCCCGGCGGCCGCCAGACGGCGGCUGAGGAGGCGGCGCAGGGGAUGGUGCGCCCGGCCGCGGCGGUGCCGGCCGCCGCUGCUGCUCCGGCUCCGGCCCCCCCGGCCCCGCCGCCGCUGCCAGGGCUGUGAGCAGGGCCCGCGGCCCGAGCAGCUAUGAGGCAUCUAUUAACAAGCUAAAAGUGACAGAACCAUGGCUCAGUUUCCAACACCUUUUGGGGGCAACCUGGAUAUCUGGGCUAUUACUGUGGAGGAGAGAGCUAAACAUGAUCAGCAGUUCCACAGUCUGAAACCAACAUCUGGAUUUAUCACUGGUGAUCAAGCUAGAAACUUUUUUUUUCAGUCUGGGUUACCUCAACCGGUGUUAGCACAGAUAUGGGCUCUGGCUGACAUGAACAAUGAUGGGAGGAUGGAUCAGCUGGAGUUCUCAAUAGCUAUGAAACUUAUCAAACUAAAGCUACAAGGUUAUCAACUCCCAUCUGCACUGCCUCCUGUCAUGAAGCAGCCACCUAUUGCUCUGCCUAGUGCACCAGGGUUUGGUAUUGGGGGCAUUGCCAGCAUGCCAUCUCUUACAACUGUUGCCCCAGUGCCAAUGGCAUCAAUUCCAGUAGUAGGAAUGUCUCCGCCAUUAGUAUCUUCUGUUCCUGCAGCAGCAGUGCCUCCCCUGGCUAAUGGAGCUCCUGCUGUUAUACAGCCUCUGCCUGCUUUUGCUCAUCCUGCCACAUUGCCAAAGAGUUCUUCCUUUAGUAGAUCUGGUCCUGGAUCACAACUAAACACAAAACUGCAAAAGGCACAAUCAUUUGAUGUGGCCAGUGUGCCUCCUGUGGCAGAGUGGGCUGUACCUCAGUCAUCAAGACUGAAAUACAGACAGCUGUUCAAUAGCCAUGAUAAAACAAUGAGUGGACACUUAACAGGUCCACAAGCAAGAACUAUUCUUAUGCAGUCAAGUUUACCCCAGGCUCAGCUGGCUACAAUAUGGAAUCUUUCAGAUAUUGAUCAAGAUGGAAAACUUACAGCUGAAGAGUUUAUUCUGGCUAUGCACUUAAUUGACGUAGCUAUGUCUGGUCAGCCACUGCCACCUGUACUGCCUCCAGAGUAUAUUCCACCUUCAUUUAGAAGAGUACGUUCUGGUAGUGGCAUAUCUGCUGUAAGUUCGGUAUCUGUAGACCAAAGGUUACCUGAAGAACCAGCAUUAGAAGAAGAACAGCAGCAACUGGAAAAGAAAUUACCAGUUACAUUUGAAGAUAAAAAACGUGAGAACUUUGAACGUGGCAAUCUAGAACUUGAAAAACGGAGGCAGGCUCUCCUGGAACAGCAACGCAAAGAACAAGAGCGUCUAGCACAGCUGGAACGGGCAGAGCAGGAAAGGAAAGAACGUGAGCGGCAGGAGCAAGAACGGAAAAGACAACUGGAGCUAGAGAAACAGUUGGAAAAACAACGGGAAUUGGAACGGCAGAGAGAAGAGGAAAGGAGGAAAGAAAUAGAAAGAAGAGAGGCUGCAAAACGGGAACUUGAGAGGCAAAGGCAACUUGAGUGGGAACGUAAUCGUCGGCAAGAACUACUAAAUCAAAGAAACAAAGAACAAGAGGACAUAGUUGUUCUAAAAGCAAAGAAGAAGACCUUAGAAUUUGAGCUGGAAGCCCUAAAUGAUAAAAAAAAUCAGUUGGAGGGAAAGCUUCAGGAUAUCCGAUGUCGGCUGUCUACCCAAAGACAAGAAAUUGAGAGUACAAAUAAAUCUAGAGAACUGAGAAUUGCAGAAAUUACCCAUCUGCAACAGCAGCUACAGGAAUCUCAGCAGAUGCUUGGAAGAUUGAUUCCAGAAAAGCAAUUGCUUAAUGAUCAACUGAAGCAAGUUCAACAGAACAGUUUGCAUAGAGAUUCUCUUCUUACUAUCAAAAGAGCCUUAGAAGCCAAGGAGCUAGCCCGUCAACAGCUUCGAGACCAGCUAGAUGAAGUAGAAAAAGAAACCAGAUCUAAACUUCAGGAAAUUGAUAUAUUCAAUAAUCAACUGAAGGAGCUGAGAGAAAUACAUAACAAACAGCAACUACAGAAGCAAAAGAACUUGGAAGCCGAGAGGUUGAAACAGAAAGAACAAGAAAGGAAGACAGAACUAGAAAAGCAAAAAGAAGCUCAAAGACGAAUCCAGGAGCGGGAUAAACAACGGCUUGAUCGAGUGCAACAAGAAGAAGAACUUCAGUGGCAAAAAAAAAAUCAGGAAGAUGAGAAGCAAAAAAGGGAAGAAAUAACCAAGAAGAAGGAAAGCGAGGAUAAGGGGAAACAGGAAAUCCAAGAGAAACUGAGUAAGCUUUUCCAACCACAUCAAGAACCAGACAAGCCAGCCGUCCAGGCUCCUUGGUCAAAUGCAGAAAAAGCUCCUCUAACAAUUUCUGCUCAGGAGGAUGUAAAAAUAGUGUAUUACAGAGCACUGUAUCCUUUUGAAUCAAGAAGCCACGAUGAAAUCACUAUUCAGCCUGGCGACAUAGUCAUGGUUAAAAGGGAAUGGGUGGAUGAAAGUCAGACUGGAGAACCAGGGUGGCUUGGUGGAGAACUGAAGGGAAAAACUGGAUGGUUCCCUGCAAACUAUGCAGAGAAAAUACCUGACAAUGAAGUUCCAGCAUCUGUAAAACCAGUAGUUGAGGCUGCUGCUGCACCUAAAGUUUCUGUGCAUGAAACAGCUACAUCACUAGGAACUCCGGCGUCUACAGAGUGCACUACAACUGCCAAUAACUGGGCAGACUUCAGUUCAACAUGGCCAACAAACACUAAUGAGAAACCAGAGACAGAUAACUGGGAUGCCUGGGCAGCUCAGCCGUCUUUGACUGUUCCCAGUGCAGGGCAGUUGCGGCAGCGAUCAGCUUUCACUCCUGCCACUGUUACGGGAUCAUCUCCCUCUCCUGUCUUGGGUCAGGGUGAAAAAGUGGAGGGACUUCAGGCACAAGCUUUGUAUCCUUGGAGAGCAAAAAAAGACAACCACCUUAAUUUCAACAAAAAUGAUGUCAUCACAGUUUUAGAGCAGCAAGAUAUGUGGUGGUUUGGCGAAGUUCAAGGACAAAAGGGAUGGUUUCCUAAGUCAUAUGUGAAGCUUAUUUCAGGCCCCAUUAGGAAGUCAACAAGCAUGGAUUCUGGUUCUUCAGAAAGUCCUGCUAGUCUGAAAAGAGUAGCAUCACCAGCAGCAAAAGCAACUAUGUCAGGUGAAGAGUAUGUUGCUAUGUAUACUUAUGAGAGCUCUGAACAAGGAGACCUAACCUUUCAGCAAGGUGAUAUGAUUCUCGUGACAAAGAAAGAUGGUGACUGGUGGACAGGAACACUGGGUGAUAAAUCAGGAGUAUUCCCAUCUAAUUAUGUGAGACUCAAAGAUUCUGAGGCUUCUGGAGCAGCUGGAAAAACGGGAAGCUUAGGGAAGAAACCUGAAAUUGCCCAAGUUAUUGCCUCUUACACAGCAACGGGUCCAGAACAGCUUACUCUUGCUCCUGGUCAGUUGAUUCUUAUCAGAAAGAAGAAUCCAGGUGGCUGGUGGGAAGGAGAGCUCCAAGCACGAGGGAAAAAACGGCAGAUAGGAUGGUUCCCUGCUAAUUAUGUAAAACUUUUGAGCCCCGGUACCAGUAAAACUACACCAACUGAGCUACCUAAAUCAACAGCAUUACCUUCAGUGUGCCAAGUAAUUGGCAUGUAUGACUACACUGCACAGAAUGAUGAUGAGCUAGCAUUCAAUAAAGGCCAGAUUAUAAACGUCCUUAACAAGGAAGACCCAGACUGGUGGAAAGGGGAGGUGAAUGGACAAGUGGGUCUCUUCCCAUCCAACUAUGUGAAGCUGACAACAGAUAUGGACCCAAGCCAGCAAUGGUGUGCAGACUUGCAUCUUCUGGAUAUGUUGACACCUACUGAAAGGAAAAGGCAGGGAUACAUCCAUGAGCUCAUUGUCACAGAAGAGAACUAUGUAAAUGAUCUGCAGUUGGUCACAGAGAUCUUCCAGAAACCACUAAUGGAAUCUGAGCUGCUAACAGAAAAAGAAGUUGCUAUGAUUUUUGUUAAUUGGAAGGAGCUGAUUAUGUGCAAUAUAAAACUACUGAAGGCUUUGCGAGUGCGUAAGAAGAUGUCUGGGGAGAAGAUGCCAGUGAAAAUGAUUGGUGACAUACUGACAGCCCAGCUGCCACACAUGCAGCCGUACAUUCGGUUCUGUAGCUGCCAGCUGAAUGGGGCAGCACUCAUCCAGCAGAAAACAGAUGAAGUCCCUGAGUUCAAGGAGUUUGUUAAAAGGUUAGCAAUGGAUCCUCGCUGUAAAGGAAUGCCACUAUCAAGUUUUCUACUAAAGCCUAUGCAACGGGUAACAAGAUACCCACUAAUAAUUAAAAAUAUAAUAGAAAACACUCCUGAAAACCACCCUGACCACAGUCACUUGAAGCAUGCUCUUGAGAAAGCAGAAGAAUUGUGUUCUCAAGUAAAUGAAGGAGUGCGGGAGAAAGAAAAUUCAGAUAGGCUGGAGUGGAUCCAGGCUCAUGUUCAGUGUGAAGGCCUGUCUGAGGGGAACCUCGAUUGUUUUACUUUAUACAGUGCGUUGUUCUUCUUCUUCUACUUUUCGCAGCAACUCGUAUUUAACUCUGUUACAAACUGCUUGGGACCACGCAAGUUUCUGCACAGUGGGAAACUCUAUAAAGCCAAGAGUAACAAGGAACUGUAUGGCUUUCUGUUCAACGAUUUCCUCCUCCUGACUCAGAUCAUAAAACCUCUUGGCUCUUCUGGCACAGACAAGGUCUUCAGCCCCAAGUCUAACCUGCAAUACAAAAUGUACAAAACUCCCAUUUUUCUAAAUGAGGUACUAGUAAAAUUACCCACAGACCCUUCUGGAGAUGAGCCCAUCUUCCAUAUCUCCCACAUUGAUAGAGUCUAUACACUGCGGGCUGAAAGCAUUAAUGAAAGGACUGCCUGGGUUCAGAAAAUUAAAGCCGCUUCGGAACUUUACAUAGAGACCGAAAAGAAGAAGAGGGAAAAGGCCUACUUAGUUCGCUCACAAAGAGCAACAGGCAUUGGGAGGCUGAUGGUGAAUAUUGUUGAAGGCAUUGAACUAAAACCUUGCAGGUCCCAUGGAAAGAGUAACCCAUACUGUGAGGUGACGAUGGGCUCUCAGUGCCACAUUACCAAGACGAUACAGGACACCCUCAAUCCAAAGUGGAACUCCAACUGCCAGUUCUUUAUCAAAGACCUAGAGCAGGAUGUACUCUGCAUCACGGUGUUUGAGAGGGACCAGUUCUCCCCGGAUGACUUUUUGGGCAGAACAGAGAUCCGUGUGGCAGACAUUAAGAAGGAUCAGGGUUCAAAGGGACCAGUUACAAAGUGUCUCCUUCUGCAUGAAGUCCCAACAGGAGAGAUAGUCGUCCGACUAGACCUGCAAUUGUUUGAUGAGCCUUAGAAGGAAAGGGACCAAUGUUUUUUUCUCAGUCUGAGUUCACUGCAAUAGGUGUCUGCAGAAGCUGUCACUAAAUCCGUAUUGGUUUGGUAUGAAACUACUGCUUGCCCUUCACACACAAGAGGGUUAUCAAAGCAAACAGGAGCAUCUUUGUGCCUUGAUAAUUCUCACUGAAAAAUGAGUCCCAGUUUAGUGAGGAAAUCUCACUCAAUUUCUCUAUGUGGAACUUUAUGUUAGUUUCCUGGGUUUAUGAAAUAACCUAGUUGUUUGUCGUGCUCCAGUCUGAAAGGCUGGAAAACCACAUAGGUUUCUGUGCUUGCUCCAGCUACUCUACUCUUUAAUUUACAAGAAGAAGGCAAUGUUGGUAUGUUUGGAGGCUUUCUGCAGGGUUUUCCCCCUUAAGGAAUUCUGUGCCUAUUGCUCAGCAAAGUGGUGUGUAAAUGUUUUGUGAAUGGAACAAGCAGUUAUGCAGUAAGAAGAUCUUUGAAGAUCUUCACGGUGAUGCUGAAAAGACUUAGAAAAUAAAUAGUCUAUAUCUAUAAACAGAGAAGAUUCUAUUAAGAUACCACUUCAUGACUCACAUUGCCCCCAAAAUAAAUAUAUGUACAGGCCUUCUGCACAGAGAUGAGUUGCACUCCAGAAGAGUACACCCACUCAGUACCUUUGGAAGAAACGUUUGAACAGUAAGUGAAGGAUCGAAUAUAGAGCCCUGAUGAAUGUUGUGCUAUACCACUUCAAUACUGCUCUACUACUGCUGCUUAAUCGUGUGAAUGCAGAUGGAUGAUAUGUCACCUGCAGUGGGGAAGAAAAAAAAAUCAUGGCUGUGGUUCAGGAAGCUAAUUUCUACCCUGCAGAGUCUAGUUUGCCAAGCAAUCAGUGGUGACCAGAUAUUAAAUUGUGCUGUGCCCAACUGCAUUUGACAUCAUGUUACUGAAUUCAGGGUGAUAGCGUACAACAGGGUUUGUUGCAAGGCAGGUGGAUCACAAGUUUGAUGGCAGCAAUACUAGACGUGAACAGAAGAAGGGUAUUUGUGAUUGUACAGAGUGGGUAACCCCAAAGUAAAAGUUGUGUCGUCUUGGGGAAUCAAAAGUUUCUACAUGCGUUUUACUCAACAAAUACACACAUAUAGGCUAACGUUCAGCAAAAUUCCUCUGUUUGGCAAAGCACCCAGCUUUAAGCAUGCACUUAUGUUGUGUUUCCCUUAAAUACACACAUAGGUGCUUUACUAAGCCUGGACCUGAGAUACGAUACACCCCUUAAGAGUAAAAUUCAUCUUUGUUCUGCCUGGAUUCAUUUUGUUCAUUACCUAUCAUGCAUACACUGGUAUUUUUGUAAUGACUUUAUUUCUGAAUGGGAGGUGUCAGCCUGUUUCAUUAGCAUGUGAAUGUUCUUGUGGAGCCUGUUGUUAGGUUUUGAUGUUCCUUGCAUGUCCUUUCAGUACCGGUUUCCACCUUUGCUGUAUAGGCAGUGUUUUCUAGCACUACAAGUCUUAUUGAUUUCCAUUAGGAAAUUAGGAUAUCUUCAUAACAAAUAGGUAGAUGCAGUAUGGUAAUAAGUGUAAACUGUGCUGGAAAGUGUCUGUGUAUUAUAAUUUCCUACAAUACCACUGUAAUGUUUCAAGCAAUGGGAAAAAAAAAAAAAAAAAAAAAGUAUGUUGGAGGGACAACAAAGUUUACAUUUCAUACUUUUCAGAAUCGCUUUAUUAUUUAUUUAUUGAAGAUAGUGUAGAAUUUUGUAUCAGAAAUGACAGACAUACUUAUGUAUUUUUUGAAACAAAAACAGAGAUACACACUUUAGUUAGAAACUUUCAACUGACCACAUUUUAGAGGGAGUUUAACUUCCUAGGCAUGCGUUUGUUUACCACUAACUGGCAGAAAACACAAUUAAGAGAACUUUUAAGUUUCUAUUUUUCAAUGUUGUUAAGAAAAUUGUUUCAAGUAAAAUAUGUAAAUAGAACUAAACCCAUGUUUUCCUAAUUCCAUAUCUAUACAUUUUAUUAAAUAUAAUGUAUAUGAAAAUACACAUUGUUGUGGUAGGAUUAAAAAAAAAAGUGAUAAAAUCUAUUAAUGGAGUAACAUUAAAUGUCAUUGUCUAACAUUUUAUUGCUGUCCUAAUUUUACUCAGUAGCUGUAAAUAUGGUGAACAUUCAUUUCAGUGUUUAGAAAGUAGGAUCACUUUUUUAUGGUACCAUUUCACCAGCAUGAAUUACAGUAACAAAUAAAUAGACAAUUAGGGAAAAAAAUACCAUGGACGCAAUGCAGAAAUCCAGGCCAGGUUUUUAAAUGGAGCCUCAAGGAGCUGCAUAUUCCUCUGAGAUUCAACUGGUUUUUGAUGUGGUGGACAGGUAGCUGCAGGGGCACCUUCCAGAUUGUGACCCCUUAUCAUGAGCAUGUGGGAUUGCAGCUUUUUGUGUAGUUGUAACACAACCAAGCACCUUCCUGACCACCAUCACUCGUGAUUUCCAUCUUACCCUCAGUGCACAGGAAUGUUUAAUUCUUAUUAAUACCAAUGGAAGUUAUGCAAACAUGAUGAUGGUAAUGAAAGGCCGGGCUUCAGCUCACGAAUAUCUCACAAAUCCCUUGUGAUCAGUCUAAUUCUGAAGAUGAAGCUUGUCCUAAUCCCUGUACAUCAAGGACAGAAUGUAUAUACCCUCAGAGCCAGCAUCAGGAUGUUGCUAUUUUCUUUCUUGUUCGCCCUCAGUACUCCAUAGCAUAUCGGCACGGUUAGCUUCCCAAGUGGAUCUUCUUCAGCAUUAGCCAAAGGUUCUUAGAAAUUCAUCAGCUCCUGCCUAUUUUUCCCUGUUCAGGCACAGCCUGAACAGCCACACACAACAGGAUCUUAGGAAGUUAGAUACCUUUUAGUGUAUUUAGAAAAGUGGCUGGCAUCACCAUGACAUGUGAUGGUUGAGCCAUCUGUCCUCUUAAGGGUGUCAUGUCCUGGCUGUCAUGCCAAGCUCUGCUGGCCUGUGCUACUGUUGUUGACUGCCUGUAUUUACGCAGAGCCUGUUUUUCAGACUCCAGUUACUGAUCUCUGAAUGUACUGGUAAAAUAGCACACCUUAGAGCACAGGUCCCUUUGCAGCCUUGUUGAGAUGUGUGCAAACUUUUCCUAAUGUUAUGCAAAACAAACCCAAGAAAAAAAUCUAAGCCCAGGUGAUACUUGAUCGCAUUUAGGAGUGAAAGACCCAUCUGAAUGAUUUCUUCAGAUAAUCAUCUCCACUAAACUUGCAGAGCCUUGUACUGUGUGUUGUGGAGCCCUGGGACUGGCUGUCUUCAUUUGCUUUUACUCUCCUACAGCAAAAUUCAUCCUUGCACAGAGGCUGUGCACAAGGCCUGCCCAUUACCAGCCCUUGAACCGAGGCACUGGUGAGAUUGAACUGGCACGUGGGCUGCUGGGACAGGCUCUUAAAACAGGGUUUCAUGUCUAUCAUCUUUUAGCAGGCUCUACUUUAUUGGAGAAGAACAUUUGCUUAGAAGUAGUUCUUCAGCAGCAAACUCCUUGGCUGGCAUUCAAGCCUUCCUAAAAAUAAUACUGUGACUUUUUAAUGCGUUCACUGCCUUCAUUGAAACAGUGAUAUUUUGCUUUUGAUAAAUGGGGAGGAAAAAAA